GCCGCUCUGUUUUUGGAAUGUUGUUUCUACGGCUCUUUUUGUGUUGAUGUUUCUUGGGUGGGCUACUGCUGUCGAUGAUGGAGCAACUCGAUUGCCAAUUGAUUCCACCAGGCAUCUGGUUCACAGAGAUGGAGAUUACCACCAGGCGACCCAUGUGUGGCUGUUUGCCGAGUGCACAAAGGAGCUUCUGCUGCAGUUGAGGGCGGCAGAUAAAGAUUCGUAUGGAAACAUGUGGGAUAUCUCAAGCGCGGGGCACAUAUCCGCAGGCGAUACGUCCUUGACUACUGCAAGGCGUGAACUCAACGAGGAAUUGGGAGUAACGUUGCCUGCGUCAGCAUUUGAAUACUUGUUCAAAUAUCUUGACCAAAGCUGUACCAACAAUGGAUCGUUCAUCAACAACGAGUUCGCUGAUGUCUAUUUGGUGACAACCCCGGAGCCUAUCCCGCGCACGGCAUUCACUCUGCAAAAAUCGGAAGUUGCGGAUGUAAAGUACAUGCACUUCAAGGACUACGAAGCUGCCCUGCUUGCACAUGAUCCACACUAUGUGCCCCAGUCUUUGGACAGAGGCUAUCAUCAGCUGUUUGAUAUAUUGAGGCAAAGGUACGAAGGGGAUGAACAGGAAAGGGUGAAAUCCUUGAAGGCAAAGUUGAGCCGCUACGAGCCUGUCAAAUUGGCUGCUGAUGUUUCUUCUCUAAGUCUAGGUGACCGGCAAGCCCUGAGGAACCUGGUGUUGGCAGCGCAAGUGAUUGAGAAAAUCUUUGUGGAGCAGGUGCGUUUGUGGUUCAGACUGUGGAUGUGAUUGUCUGCGAUUACAUACAUAUAUGGCUGAGAGGAGCCCGACUGUGACUGUGAGAAGUGAUCGUCCUAUAUAACGAACCCUCAUAUAUUUACGAGUACCCUUAGUAUUGGAGAGGCCUACUGGGAUUGUGUAUAAGGGCUAACCAGAUUACGUCUUGAGAGAAAAGGGAGAUCCCCUUUUAUCCUUUGCUUGUUAGAGAUUUUUAUGGUUGGAUGUUGUAAUCCGUGGCAGCCGUUAAAGUCAAACCCCUUGAGUUUCGCCCAGGCCUGGAGUGGGACUUAUCUCCAGGGCAGUAAGAAACGACUGCCACCACAGGAAUUGUUUCCCCGUCGCGUGUCGGAUAAUGAAGGCAGAAUUGACGG